UAUACGUUGUCUUGUCGUCUGCUAACCUAGUGCAGCAUAUACAGCACAGUGCAUGCAGUGCCAACAGUCUGUGCACAACUGAUAAUCCUGGCGAAAUGCCUUGCGAAAUUACCAAACAGUUUACUUGAAUUCAAACAACGCAUACCUUUGGCUUUGUCCAGACUGAAGUUCGGAUCACUUCAAGAUAAGAGAUCUGUCAAUCGUUCCACUAACUUACAGCUAGGAGAAUAAAUAACAAGAGAAACAUUCUGAAAGAAAUUUAAUUGAUUGAUGUCUACCCUUCUGGAUAAGAAUCAGUCAGUCCUGAAUGAGAUACGUUGGAUACUGUUCUCAGGGAGAAAUAACAAAAACCUUUGUAUUUGGAGGAGCCUUUUGGCCUAACAUAACAAGAUCCCCAGUUUGUAAAGGCAGGCUAGACUGUCUUCAGCUUCAAAUGAAGCAGUACUGCUUCAGUACAUCUACUAGCUUCCACUCGUUUACUACGGACUCACAGUAGGUUUCUUAAAGGUGACUGAAUAAAGGUAAACAAGAACGGAGAGCUAUUGAGCCACAGACACUCAACAGGCCGGGAAUCAAAAGAACACAGAAAUUCUCACUUUUUCUUUACAACAAGAGCUACUUAGCGAGGAAAGUCAAUUGUUAUGCUGUGACCAGUCAAAGACUUUGUUGGUCUUAGAUUCUUCAAAGAACGUUUAAUCUUGAGAGCAGUUUAGCUGGAGAGAGCUUGAAAAAAACUUCAUAAAUAAACACAGGAAAUAUCACUUUCCUAUCAAAGAGUUAAGGAGAAACGGUACAUUUUAUAAAUACUGAGACAUUGCCGAGACUUUUCAGAGUUCACAAGUUCUAAAGUUAUUGAGUUAGGUGUCACCCCCUAAGGAAUUAAAAGAAAGGAGAAAUCUUACUUUCCUAUUGAAAAGUAACAUUUUGUGCUGUGACUUUUGUCAAAGACUCCGAGGAUCACAACGUUUAAAGACUGGAUAUGUCAUCCCCGAAGCAUUCACCGGUGAGGGCUGCCCUGUCGAUGCAGCUUCAAGCCAAUCCAAAACUGUAUUCAAAGACAGAGGAUAGAUGGAACAAUGGACAAAUGGAGGAAGAUGCUUUCAUGCAGGGCGGAGGUUCAAAUCCCAACCACAGAAAUACACAUCAUGUGAAAUCUACAGACUCCAAGGUUUGUUGCUGCUCAAGAAAGUUGUUAUGGAUCAUCGGUGCUGUGGCAUGUGUUUUUCUUGCCAUCGCUUUGGGCUUUCUCAUUGGCUUCUUCACCCACUAUGCAGUCUCAAACUCAUCAGUUACCAUGACAACGACAAAGAGGAGAACAAUGCACCAGCAGGCUGUAGGGAGUGUGACACAGAGCAGUAUAGGAGAGUAUGAAAGGUUACACACAAGUCAACAGUGCCAGAUAGGACGUUCUUCUUGCACAGGUAACCUGACCGAUACCCUGGUCACUCAGCUGACCUCUAUGGGGUUCAAGGUCUCGACCUCCAUGUACAAUGUCCUUCUCUCCUACCCGGACAUGACCCAAAGAAGCAGCAUACGCUCCAUGGACUACCAGGGGAAUACCCUACAGAUGGUUCAGCUCUACGGGGGUCAACAGGACGCAGGGCCAGACUAUAACAUCGCUCCAGGGAGGCCUGCACAGUCGUCCUCUGGUGAUCAGGUGUCUGCAGGCGAUCAGGUGGCCUUUGGUGACCAAGGAGCUGUCCUUAUUGGAACCAGCGGGGAUUCAAUGGUGCUGACCAAUGGAGGGUCUCAAGCCAUGCCUGUUUAUACACCCUAUACAGCCUCUGGGACAGCUCAGGGGGACCUUGUGUAUCUGAACUUUGGGCGAGAAGCAGACUUUGAAGCUCUGACAGAUCUUGGUGUUGCUAUGUCAGGCAAGAUUGGUCUUGCUAGACAGGGACAGAGUAGUGCUACAGAUCAGGCUAAAGUUGCUGCAAGUCAUGGGAUUUCUGGACUUAUUCUCUACCCUGACCCUAUUGACAUGACCUCUGACAUGCCAAUGACCUCUGUGAUGACCCCUGACAUGUCUGGUAUGAGUGGUGACCCACUGACCCCUGGAUGUCCAGCUGUAGAUGGAAUUUUCAGAGCUUCCAUGAACUCUGUCGACCUUCCCAGCAUUCCCAUACAACCUGUGUCCAUGGCAACAGCAGCCAUGUUGUUGAGUAACCUGACUGGUAUACCUGCUGAUGGUUCCUGGAUUGGAGGUCUCAAUGUGACCUAUAAUAUAGGUCUAACAGGAGAGAGCAGACAGCCAUGGUUUGUAGAAUUAGAUGUUCACAAUGACGUCAUUCAGAAGCCUAUCUACGAUGUAGUAGCAACCAUAGAGGGCUCAGAGUAUCCGGAUGAGUAUGUUUUGCUUGGAGGUCACUACUCCAGCAUGAUGACCUCCAUGGUGACCCCAGGGUCGUCGUCAGCGGUGAUGGAGUCAGCUCGGGUCAUCAGUGAGAUGAUGGAGGAUGGAUGGAUGCCUAGACGUACCAUCAUGGUCGGUCUUUGGGAAGGGUCAGAGUUCGGCCAAGUGGGAUCAACAGAGUGGGUGGAGGAAAAUCGAUUGAUUCUGAGGGAUAGAGCUGUAGCUUAUAUUGAUCUAGCAGGAGGAGGAAGUGGUACCGUACUCAACACACAGACAUCACCCAUGCUGAGAGGAGUUAUCAUGGAGUCUGCUGAACAGAUUGGCAUAUCGUCCAUGGUCAACCUUGAUGCAUUGAGAGGGUCUGGUGACUAUGUCCCCUUCUCACACACAGUGGGUAUUCCCUCAGCAAGUAUUGAGAUCAUGAGUAACCAGGAUAUUGACAGCCCUAUGUUACCAACUGCCAGCGGUAUGAUAAUGGGCGUAUCAUCGUCGCAGCUUGGCACUCAAGUGAUUCUCUCCUUAGCUGAUAAUGAGCUGUUGGGUCUAGAUGCUGGUGCAAUGGCAGACACGGUCAUGGCCCAUGUAGAUAACAUUGGAGCUUUUCUUAGCAGUAGAAUGUCAUCAGAGGAAAACAAUGUCUUCAGAUGACACGAUGACCAUGUUGAGGUCUGCAGCCACAGGUUUCAUGACAGCUGUUCAGGGUCUGGAGGAGGUGAUUGGAUCAGACUCCAUUGUAGACUCACCUAUUACCAUGACGAUGGUAAACAGUCGUCUGAUGUACAUGGAGCGUUCAUUCAUUGAUAACGGCGUCGGAGGAUCCAUGGGGAGUGUACUUUAUGGAGCGGGAGGCACAGAUACCUUCUCAACGGUAUCUCAGAUGAUGCGGAAUGACACCGGUAGCGUUUCCAUGGAGAUGGUUCAACAAACCUUAUCCAGACUCCAAUGCACCAUCCAAUCAGCGACCCAGUCGGUAGGAAUGUCAUUGUCAUGACACCCUUUAACUUGAGGAAACCUCAAAGACACAUCAUGAACUUUCAUCUAAAAUGGCUCUAAGAAAUCAACCUGUCAAAAAUGACCUUGAGUGCACCAGUAGAUGUAGGUACUGUAUAACUCAAAAUGUUUGCGCGAAUGACACUCUCAUAAAUUUUGCUGAUGGUCCAGAUUCGCUAAAGUUCUAUGCAGCGAAAGGUUAAAUAUCCUCAGAGACACGUCCAGAACUUUCAUCCAAAAUGGCUAUCAGAAGUCUUCAUGUCAAAGUUGAUAAAAUGCCUGAUGAGAUCUAUAUGUAUAGGUAUACCAGAAAUUUCCAGAUGCAUGUAGUGAAAUAAUAAUUCAGCAUUGAUUUUUGUGUCCAAAUAGUGAAAUUAAUGUUGUAGCUUUAAUAUCUUACAAUUAUUUUGAUAUUGUACAGAGCGCCUUGAGCAGUCUUUUAGAAUGGAUAUGUGCGCUUUAUAAGUUGACAUUAUUAUGAUAAUGAAUUUUGCAAUCAGGUUGAUACUUCAUAUUAAAUGUAAUAGUAAUAAUGAUGAUAAUAAAAAUAACACUAUGUCUUGUUUACCCAGUGCAGCCUCAUCAGUAUUAAUACUGUUGUCCAAUCCUAUUAUUAAUCCGGCUUUAGUCGAGCUAAAAUGAAUUUGUGCUCAAGCAUUCAAGGAAUUUCUUCCUACCAGGUACCCAUUUACCUCACUUGUAAUUAGCUUGAUUCUCUUCUUCUUGAUACUUCUACAUUCCAGCUUCGUACAUGUUCUUCUACAUAUAUGUGAUUUUGUUGUCAUGUAAUUCCAUGGGCACAAGAAUGCUAUAUCAUGUAAUUCCACACAAAACUUGUGAUUUAAUAUCUUCCAUCUUCAUAUGUUUAUAUUAAAAAAAUGACUGUGUAUUCUUGUGUAUGAAUUUUAAAUCACUGGUUGGCUGAAUCCCCUAUUGCUGUUGGUGUUUCUAACUAUCUUUUUUGACAAUGAAAGUCUGUCUUUCUGUUUGAAAUUCAAAAUGGGUUCAGGAAUUUUGAAUUUAUAUAUUAUGAAACUAUUCAGUACUAAAAUCAAACCUGCUUUAGUGACCACCUGCCUACAAAGACCACAUUUUUGUUUCCCUUGUAAAUGGUUUCUCAUUGAAAUAUGUAUACUACAGGAACCUGUCUACAUAUACCACUUUUUGUGUUUCCCUUGGGCGGUCGCUAUAGACGGGAUUGACUGUUUAUAAAACAAUUCCAAUGGCACAUUUUAAGAAAAAUCAUUUUCUCCAGCCAUAUUUUAGGCAGUAAGUUUGUAUUUCUGGUGGCCCCAUAUAGGGUAAGGUAAAUAUGACCUUAAAAGCAAUUAUUCUACUACGUUUUAAUACAUGAAUUUAUUUAUGUGCCUUAAUUAUUUCUUUUUCAUUUUAGUUCUUUCAUUGAAUACAUGUUGAGAUGUAACCUUUUCCACUUAUUUAUUUUUCAUUCUAUCAUGACUCUUAUGAUUUUAUGGAGUUAUUUUAUAUUGAAAAUUACAUUGUAUAUGUCUUUUAUUGUGAUAGACUUGUUUUAUAGUAAUAUAUACGUACUAUGCACCUCAAUCUAUAAAUAUUUAUGCAAUUAGAGACCUAUGGACUAUAUACUGUAUAAUUUCUGUAUGUUUUAAAAGAUCUAGACUGCUUUUAUUUUGCAUAUUACUACUUUUUUCAAUUUUUAUCUGACAAUCAAAUUACAUUCGUUAUACACUUCAUGGCAUUCUUCUAUCAUAUCACUAUUUUACUAUCAUAAUAUAUGAGCUAUACAGUGUA